UACCCAAUCCACAGAAGCAGAUCGAAAGGGAGGAGGAAGAAAAAGCAUUCUUUCUUCUGGUUCUUCUUCCUCUCCUCUCUUGCUUCCCUUCGAGCCUCCUCGCCGUAAAGGCCGGACCUUUCCGCAGGGUGUUCGCCGGUGUCGCCUGCUCGGUGAUCAGAAGCUGUUCAAGAUUGUUUCUUUUUGGGGUGCGACCCGUUGGAAGAGGGAGCAGCGGAUCGAUCGAGGUUCUUGCGUGGGACGGCGGUCUCGAGGUUGAUCCUUCCAUUAUUGGAUGCGAUUCGACCUAAUUCCUCGGUCGUUGGUGUUCGAUUUGUUGAUAGGGAUGGAGAGCCCACGGGGGAGUUCGAGUUCGAGUUCCCCUCCCCCGUUCCUCACCAAGACGUACGAGAUGGUGGACGACCCGGCCACGAACUCCAUUGUCUCGUGGAGCCCCACCAACCUGAGCUUCGUCGUGUGGAAUCAGCUGGAGUUCGCUAGGGAUUUGCUGCCCAAGUAUUUUAAGCACAGCAACUUCUCCAGCUUUGUGAGGCAGCUUAACACUUACGGUUUCAGAAAGAUAGACCCUGAUCAGUGGGAGUUUGCAAAUGAGGAUUUUAUACGAGGAGAAAAGCACCUCCUGAAGAACAUACACAGACGCAAGCCAGUAUAUAGCCAUUCGCCGCACAACCAAGGUAGCUCUUCAGGACCACUGUCGGAAGCUCAAAAGCAGGAUCUUGAAGAGGAGAUUGAGCGGCUUAAGCAAGAAAAGGCUAUGCUUGUGAAUGAGCUUCAGAAGAACGUGCACAAGCAGCAUGGAAUGGAGCACCAAAUGCAGUCCUUAGAGGAAAGAUUACAGGUCCUGGGAGACCGACAUAGAAAUUUGAUGGCCUUCUUGACACAGAUCGUGCAGGAGCCUUGGUUCCUGUCUAACCUUGUACAAGACUCUGAUCUUCUCAGCAAGAAGAGGCGAUUGCCAAAAAUCAAUUACUUCAAUGAGGACACUGCUAUGGAAGAUAAUCAAAUUGUCACUUUCCAGCAGCCCUUGGCAGGUGAAAAAUCAGGCUAUGCAUCUAUUCAGAUAUUUGACAUGGAGCCCUUUGAGAAGAUGGAGUCAUCGUUGAAUUCAUUGGAGAAUUUCUUCAGAGGUGUUAGUCAAACUUCCGGUGAUGACAUGUGCUAUGAUAGCAUUGUGGCUUGCCUUCCCACUGAUGUUCUUCUCACUGAAAUGAAUGCAUCAUCAGUGGAGACUGGUGCAAGUCUGCAAUCACUUUUGCCUAACUUAUAUCCUUCUUCACCUUGCCUGGGAGAUAUCCAUUCGUCUCCAGAGACAGCAGAAUGUAUGAGCCAUGUGGAAACUCCUGGUAUUCCUGCAGCUGAAAAUCAAACAGAUUCAAGGAUCAAGGUUGCUGAGAUAGAUGUUAAUUUAGAACCUGCAGCUACUGAGGUUGAUUCAUUGAGAGAUCAAGCAACCAGUACCACCACAUCUACCAUGCCCACUGGAGUAAAUGAUGUGUUUUGGGAACAAUUUCUUACAGAGAUACCAGAUUCUUCUGUUACUAAGGUAGUCCAGUUGAAAAGAAGAGAUUCAGAUGAUGAACAAAGUGAAGGAAAGAUAAGAGAGGUGGAAAACAUGUGUCGGAAUAGGAUAAAUGUUGAUCAUUUUGUAGAAAAGAUGGCGAAUCUUACUUCAGUAGAGAAAACCUGAUGUUAGAUUUCGUUUUUGGUGUUUCAUAUGUUAGGAUAUAUAUAUAUGUGAUUUGAUAGCGAAAUAUAACCCAUGGUAGAUAUGUAUGAUAAAGACACUCAGAUUUCAGUCCUGAAAUUUAUUUGCAUCCUCGGUUAGAAGUAACUUGUACUUUUCUUACUA